AUUUUAUUAUAUCGACAGCGGUCAGCUCGAAUCAUAUGUCGAAUGUUGGCAGGUCCACGUGGUGCGCUUCCCGGUUUCGCUCGCCAGUGUACGUUGGUCGAUUGAUCGUUUUGGGCGAUUGUUUGUGAUCGUUUUUGGUUUUGGCGCCCCCGAAACUAGUUUCGUCGUUUCUGGAUUUACCUCGUUGCCCGUGACAACUUCCCCGGGGCUGUUUGGUUUUUUUCUUCACCUGCCUACGUGUUGAGGUACAUCGUGCGUUUGUUUUUACACUUUUUGCGGUGCGUUUUUUUCCCCCGAGUGAUAACCAUUGCCCGCGGUUUAGGAUUCCCGGCCGCAAGCGCACUAACGUGACUGAUGAGAUCGCAUCUGCAGCGUAACUUCAGUUUCGUGACUCGCGUGACGCUACGGACAGUGGCAGCAUAUGGUUUUCAGUGCAAAAUCGUACGACCACCUGUCGCUUGUUUUGUUUGGUUACAGUGCAAAAAUUGAUCGGAAUAUUGAAUCAAACGUACAAGUGGAAGGAUCUAGCAAAAAGUGACCUCCCCGAAGAAAUUGUUCUCCAAAAGAAUGUGAUUCGUUCAGAUGAACGAGAAAAAUAUUUCAAACAGCACGAAGCGUGUGAAACCAUAAACCAAUGAAAUAUAAGCUGAAUAGUGAAAAGUGUUGCUCGAUAAACAAGAUAAAUAAGUGCAACUUUUAGUUAAAUCACAGCAGUUUUCUGUUACAAGAAGCUUACCUGCUAAUAUCACUAUUGAAGCAUCACGUUAUAAAAUGUUAGCGAAACACUUGUGAAAAGAUAAAUCUUCAAUCGAUAAAUAAUUGAAGCAAAGAUUGGGCAAAGUAAAAUUGAAGUGAAAACGUUACAAAACCAAUGUUUAUGUUUUAAACGGAAAAGUUCAUGUUCAAAAAUCAACGCCGAAAGAUGCUUUGCUGAUUCAACUUUUACUGUGUAAUUACUGCACCGCUGUUGCUGCAUGCCGUGAGAGCUCCUGCUGGACAAAGCUGAUUUGGAAUUACCAUUGACCCUGGUUGCUGCGAUUGCUGAAGUGUUCCCGACCUGUUGCUGAUGUUGCCGGUUGCUGUGCUGCAGAAGCUGUUGCUGUUUGCUGUCAUCCAAUCGCCGAGCGAGCUGUGUUGCUGACCAUCAUCACCUGCACCGAAAGAAAACAUCGUGUACCGUCGUCAUCGAGGAAAAAUCGCACGUGUACUGCAUCAUCUUUAGCGCAUCUGAACGAGAAAACCGGACCGUGCCAUUAUAACUGCCGCAAACAUUCUCCACCACAUCUGAACCACCCUGUGCCACACGCCACUCGCAACACAGCUGUCAAACGCGGUAUGCGUUGACGUUUCCGAAGAAGGGUUUGUUUUGAAGUUUGAUUGUUUUGAUUCGGAGCGCCGUGUUGUUGUGGAGUUCGCGAAACCGGAUCAAUCCGUGAUUCCGGUCAGGCUCGCGCAAAAUCCGCGUAUCUCGUCGUUAUCGGUCCGGGUAGUAUCAUAGUACAGCGUAGCGGAAAGAGCAGGUCAUGCGAUAAAACGUUUUCGCGCUGUGAAAGACAGCGAGAAAGAAAGAAACCCCGUCUAUCAAAACGCUCGUUAUCGGCUCGAAUACUUGGUUCUUUUCGUUGCUUUCGGUGUGAUUAUUCGAACCCCAAAGGUGUGUGGUGUAGUGUGUCGUGUGUUACGCGAAAUUUCGGUGUCCCCCUCGUGUGUGGCCUUUGUAGUAAAACGUGUCACCCUUCUUAACACGUCAGAAGCAUACGCACAAGGAUUUACUUCCUUUCGUCCGGAAAAGCGCAUUUGAUAUUGUGUGUGUUUGUGUGUUUACGUGCCCUCUGACCACGUUCCGCAGUUGUAGAGUUGUGAAGCGCCUCUUGUCGUUAGUUUCGGCCACGCGACUCAAAUCCCUUUCGUACGUUUCGCACACCUUGCUAACCGUGCGAACCCGGCCGCCCGUGCCAACCAUUUUUUGUGACCCCCGGUACCGUAAAAGCCGCAAAAAUUUGGGAAAUAAUGGAUCCGACCGGUGGGCGCGAUUCGCGCUACAAUCUGAACUACAGUAUGAGCAUGAUGAGCGAAUCGCCAGAGAUAUACGGCAACCCGAACGUGUCUCUGGCGCGCCCACCGAGUGGUGGUUUGGUCGGGCAAGUGAUGUCUCGCGGUGGGACCGGCGGAACGGGCUUGAUGAAUGCCAACGGUCCACAGUGCGGUAGUGGUGGGGGUGGUGGUGGUGGUGGAGGAGGUGGCGGUGGUGGUUUGUCCCGCGGAAUUAAGCGCACCAACUCGGACUGCUACGACGAUCGGCAACAGAUGGUCGGUUCGCAGAACAUGACCGGUCUCGAUGGAUGUACCGUCGGGUCCGAGGUGGUGGACGACAGCUACACCUCGCUCCAGCCGAAAAAAUCACCACCUAGCAAUGGCAAAAAGACGAAGGGUCGUGUUAAGAUUAAGAUGGAAUAUAUCGACAACAAACUGCGACGGUACACGACGUUUUCUAAGCGCAAAACCGGCAUCAUGAAGAAGGCAUAUGAACUGUCAACGCUGACCGGCACGCAGGUGAUGCUGCUGGUGGCCUCCGAAACCGGUCACGUGUACACAUUUGCGACUCGCAAGCUGCAGCCGAUGAUCACGUCGGAGGCGGGCAAGGCGCUCAUCCAGACCUGCCUGAAUUCGCCCGAUCCGCCGACGGGUUCAUCCGGUGACCAGCGCAUGUCCGCGACCGGCUUCGAAGAGACCGAACUCAGCUACAACAUUGGCGACGAAGACUCCAAAGAUGAUCGGUCGCCGAUGUCGUCUGGCAGUGAAUCGGACGAUUAUUCGCCACCGGAAUCGCCCCCUCCAGGUCCUAGCGUUAAUGUUAGCAAUAAGACUAAUGCCAGCAGUAGCAAUAAUCAUCACCAGACAGGUGGUAUGAAUGAGAAACCCUCAACCAGAAGUGCAGCAUCACAUAAUACGGGCAGCACAGUAACACCCAGUGCCGCCGGAACAACAGCCACAGCUACCAAUGUGCUGUCCGCUAAUGCAGCUACGAUUAAUGCAAUUCAGCAGCAAAUACAGCAACAGCAGGAAGCACUUCAGCAGCAGAUACAAAAUCGUCAGCAGCAGUUACAGCACCAGAAACAGCAGCCAAAGUCCGGGAAAGCUAAAACCACGGCGGUGAAGAUAAAACAAGAAGUAGUGUCAGUAGCAUCGCCGUCAACGACAGGCAUCACUGCCGGCGCAACAUCGUCAACAACCAUCACACCGGUAACUACCAGUGCGCCACAGAUAACGAGCAGCAUCAUCUAUCCGGCAUCGGCUCUAAGCAGCUUACCGCAGGACAUGCUGAUCAAUCUGCUGCAAUCGGGUCAAAUGAAACUGCACAGCGAAGGUGGAACACAGCAAUACGUCACCAUACCACUACCACUAAUGCCUGCUAAAACGACAACCAAAUCACCAAACUCGUCCAACGGACAGCAAAAAUCUUCGAGUGCCAACUCGACGUCCUCUACGUCAUCCAACUCAUCCGUUCCUGUUACUUCAGCGCGAACCGGAAGCGGUUCGUCUUCAUCGCGACGGAACCAAUCGAUCGUCUCCACCAUCAAGACUGAAGUGCUCGAUUAGCCUGUCACUACUGCUGAACAAGAAUGCCCUGCAAAAAGAACCAAGAAUGCAAUUCCUUUUCUUCAAAACAUAUUUUUACGUUCUUUUCUUUCAAUUAUGUUGAAAUCUGUAGCUUUUUGUUGAAGUUGAUUUAUCGUGAAUGAAUUAUUCUUUUGUAUUUUUACUGAUUAACGUAAAAUACAUUCUAAAAAAACGCAAAUAAUUUAGCUUUUGAAGCCUC